AUGGCUACCCCCAGGGCGGUGGUGGAGGCGGCGGGGGCGGUGGAGGCGGAGGUAGAGGCAGCGGCGGAGGUGAGGGUGGUAGCGGGAGUAGUGGCGGGAGUGGAGGUGUCGGCGGAGGCAGUGGAGGCGGGGGCGGCAGCGGCGGUGGUAGUGGGGGUGGAGGCGGAGGCGGCGGUGGCGGCGGCGACGGUGGGAGUGGCGGUGGCGGUGGAGGUGGUGGCGGCGGCGGCGGAGGAGGCGGCGGAGGUCGUGGCGCGCCGAGGAGGAGUGGCUCCGGUGGUGGUCAGCGCCAGCAGCAGCAGCGUGGUCAGGAGACCCUCUCCCGCAGCAGCUCCGUGA